AUGAACAACAACCCGUACGGUCAAUGGCAGCAGGGCGGCGCGGCCCCGUCGGUAUUCGGCGCACUCCCCUCGGCCCCCGCGUCGAACCCCCCGAGCGCAAUGCCGAACAGCGUCACCUUCACCUUCACGAGCUUCAAGACUACUAUUCUCAACUCCACCGUGGUCGGCCCGCAGCAGCGGACUGUGUACCGCGUCGUCACGGAGCCCACCGCGCCCGCAUGCACCAUCUUCAAGGAUAAUGAGAGCCGCAAUGCCGCGAUGGUGCAGUGGCAGCCUCACGCCACCGUCGAGGUCCACGGCGUCGCUGCGAAGCAGCGUGUACGGGACUGGCUCCGCCUGGCUUCGGACCAGAGCCGCCGCGUCAUGGACUUCCGUGGCGUCCAGUACGGCUGGGCCCCCAUGGAAGGCUUCAUCUGCCUGUACAAGGUGCAAUCGCAGGCCCCCCGCGUGCUCGCGCGCAUUGCGCGCAUCCCGAACAACGUUAUGCUCGAGAUGACGCAGGAGGCGCUGCAGGCGGGUAUGCUUGAGGCCUGCCUCGUCGCGACCGUCAUGCUCUGCUGCGGCCACAACAUCGACUAA